UCAAAGAGAUCAAGGAAAGACAACAGUUCAGAGAUACGAAGGAAAGAGGGGAGCUUCAGGACACGAGGCAAGGGAAUCUAACCAGAAUAGGUCGAAAUGUUUGAUGACUGCAAACAGUGUCUUGAUGGUAUCGAGCCGCAAAUAAAGUGAAGUGCCUGUCUUGACAACCCCUCGCUUGUUCAUUGAGCUGAGGGACAGCGACACAUUGAAUCACCAAGCUUGAUGGUCAGAGAUGCAAGUGCACUGUUUUUGCCUGUCACCUAAAGGACAAGGUGUCUGUCGGAGCUGCUCAUUUGUGCUACCUGCUAGUAGAGUGUGUAGAGGAGCUGAGGAAUGGGUGCUGGAGGCCAGCAAACAGAGCCACUAGGCAGCGGUGUUUACACCUGGGAAGAGGUGCAGAGCCACUGCAGCAGGAAUGACCUGUGGCUGGUGAUUGAUCGGAAGGUGUACAACGUCACACAGUGGGCCAAGAGGCACCCUGGAGGGUUUCGGGUCAUCCAUCAUUAUGCUGGAGAGGAUGCCACGGAAGCGUUUACUGCUUUUCACCCUGACAAGAAGUUUGUGAAAUGCUUUCUGAAGCCUCUGCUGGUUGGUGAGCUGGCAGCGACAGAACCCAGCCAGGACAGACAAAAGAACGCUGCAGUCAUUCAGGACUUCCAGGCUUUACAUGCCCUUGCAGAAAAACAGGGUCUGUUUCAGGCCCACGCCUUCUUCUUCUUGGCCCACCUGGGUCACAUCCUGCUGCUGGAGGUCCUAGCCUGGUUGCUCGUGUGGCUCUGGGGGACCAGCUGGACCCUGACACUGCUUUGCUCCGUCCUGAUGGCGACUGCACAGACCCAGGCCGGAUGGCUGCAGCAUGAUUUUGGUCACCUGUCUGUCUUCAAGAAAUCCUCAUGGAAUCAUAUUGCGCACAAGUUUCUCAUUGGGCACUUGAAGGGAGCUUCUGCUAACUGGUGGAAUCAUCGACACUUCCAACAUCACGCUAAACCCAAUGUCUUCAGUAAAGACCCCGAUGUCAACAUGCUGCGCAUCUUUGUUGUUGGGUCCACUCAGCCUGUAGAGUAUGGCACCAAAAAGAUCAAACAUAUGCCAUACAACUAUCAGCACCAAUACUUCUUCCUGGUUGGACCACCACUGCUAAUUCCAGUUUAUUUCCACCUUCAAAUCAUGCAUGUGAUGAUCACCCGACGAGACUGGGUGGAUAUGGCCUGGUCCUUGUCCUACUACCUACGCUACUUUAGUUGUUAUGUUCCACUUUAUGGUGUCCUGGGCUCAAUAGCGCUCAUCACCUUAGUCAGGUUUCUGGAGAGUCACUGGUUUGUGUGGGUGACUCAGAUGAAUCAUCUCCCGAUGGACAUCGACCACGAGAAACAUCAGGACUGGCUCACCAUGCAGUUACAAGCCACCUGCAACAUUGAGAAGUCCCCCUUCAAUGACUGGUUCAGCGGACACCUCAACUUUCAGAUUGAACACCAUCUUUUCCCGACGAUGCCGCGUCACAACUAUCAUCAGGUGGCGCCACUGGUGCGGGACCUCUGUGACAAACAUAACAUUCCUUACCAUGUGAAGACGCUGAGGAGAGGCCUGAUUGAUGUCAUCAGGUCACUGAAGACCUCAGGGAAUCUGUGGCUUGAUGCAUAUCAUCAUAAAUGAUCAUUUUCUCACAUCUGCUUUUCAAUAUCUGUGAUUGAUUGCAUUGGUUUUGAUUCUGGAAUAUAAAACUGAGUGUUGUGUCACACUG